AUUAAUCUAAUAUUUAUAUAAUAAUUAUUAUGACGAUAUAAUUUAUCUUUAUUAAGAUUACAUAGCAAUUACUUUUGAUUACUUAUGAAAAUUAUAUUGAUAACAUUAAAAAAAAACCACAUGAAUUUAAAUUGAAUUUCAAUAUCUUUUUUUUAAUUUUUGAACUUCAGACUAUACAUAAGAAUACUAGAUUUCUAAGUUCUAACAUGUUAGGUUAUAUAGAAUAAUUGAAAUAGUACAAUAUUGUUUUUAAACUAAUAAUUAAAAUAUUGAAUCAUUCAUAUAACUGCAUAUUGUACAAUGAAUGAAAACGAAUUGAAUUUAAAGAAUUCGUUAAAUUCGAUUUCAAUUUCUGAUUCUCGACAUUAUUCAACUUCUUUAAUUGUAAGUUUCAUUUUUGCACUAUUUUAUUUAAUAUAUAUUUAAAUGGAGGUAACUGUGAUCAAACCUUAUAUAACUUGGGGUCAUUUGAAAAUGAUAGCUUUUCAAGAUACAAGUAAGUAUAUACCUAAGUAUUUGAAAUUCCAGAAAAUGUAUUUUAUGUAAAAUAUUUUAUAAUGUUUACAUAUAAACUAUUAUUGAAAGAAUCGGUUUUAUAAAAAUCAUGGAAACAAAUAAGUACCUAUGUACCUACCUAUCUAUAAUUUAUUAUUAAAUAAAUUAUUUUAUCUAUCCAUUAUAUGUAAUCACUACCUAGUAUCUAAUAAUAAUACUUAAAAUUAUACAUUUGUUAAUUUAAUUAUAUGUUUUUAAUUUUUGAUGUAUAGUUUUUCGAUCUUAAAUUCAUAAAAAAUCUUGUUGAAGUUAACAAUAGAAAUUUAAGUUAAAUAUAUUUACUACUCGUCCUAAUAUAACAACCAUCAUUGAAGGUACUUAUAUAGUAUUAAUUUUUAGUUUAAUAAAACAAGAUCUAAUAAUAUUAUAUUAUAAAAUACAAACACACUUGAAUAAGUUGUAUGGUAUUUAUCACUAACUACCUACUUAUAUUAAUUUGUUAUUGGUUCAGUUUAUUUAAAUACCUAUAUCUUAUUAUAAACUAUAAAAUAUUUGUAUUUUAAACCCCUAUGUUAACUGUUUUAUUUAAAAAUGUUUGAUUAGAAUAAAAUAUUUAAUUUAAAUGCAUUUGUUUGUUUUAGGCUGGCGCAAUAGCUGGAACAACAGUUGAUGUAGCAUUGUUUCCUUUGGACACAUUGAAAACUAGGUUACAAAGUCAAUAUGGGUUUAUUAACUCUGGAGGUUUUAGUGGUAUUUAUAAAGGACUAACACCUACUAUUAUUGGUGCUCCUUUUACAGGUAAAAAUAAGGUUAUGGUAUUAUGUAAAAAUCUAAAAAUAGUAUGUUUUAGCGGGAUUAUUUUUUGGAACGUAUGAUGGUUUCAAAAACCUAUUUCCUAAUGUAUCUAAUAAUACUGCUCCAUUAGUUCAUUUAUGUGCUGGAAUUGUUGGUGAAGUGGUAUAUAAUCAAUUUUUUUUUAUAUAAUAUAUGUACACAUUUAAUAUUGCUAUUCAUUGUUAGUAAAUAAUUGUUUAGGUUUGUUGUACAACUAAAGUCCCAGUAGAAAUAGUGAAACAAAGACGUCAAGCGUCGCCGAAUCAAGAAUCUAUUAUAAAAAUUAUGAAAACUGCAUAUAACAAUGAAGGGUUUUUUGGAUUUUAUCGUGGUUAUUGGACUACUGUUAUGCGUGAUGUACCAUUUUCUAUGUUGCAACUUCCAAUAUGGGAAUACUUAAAAAAAGAGUAUAAGAUAUUUACUGGUAAACCUCUUACCCCAUUUGAAGUUGCUGUAUGUGGUUCUAUAUCAGGUUAUUAUUAUUUAACAAUUAUAGUAUUAUAUAAAUUAAUGUAUAAUUAUAUGUAAGAAUAAAUGUAUGUUUAAAAUAUUUCAAAUUUUAUAGGAGGGAUAGCUGCCGCAUUGACUACUCCUAUUGAUGUAACAAAAACUCAAAUUAUGUUAGCUAAUAGUGCCGUUGAUCAAAAUUUCUCAACUGUUUUUAUAAAUAUAUAUAAAACUAAAGGAAUCAUCAAUGGGUAAACAUUUAUUUUUGAAAAAUUAUCUAUAAAAUAUAGUUGUUAAAUAAGAAUUGAAUUCUUAUCAAUGUUAAAAUUUUUGUAACCAAAUAAAAUAAUCCAGUUACAUAGAUUUUAUUAGAUUUGAAGCAUAGCAAAAGAUCUAAUUUAGUUUCUGAGCAGAGCAAGGAAUGUAUUAGUUUUAUGAUGUUAAUUUUUUUUUUAUAUAUAUAUACUGUGUACAAAAAUUCUACCAAAAAUAUUUCUCCAAUAUGUACUUGCAGCACCAUUUUUGAAAGGAAAUCUUGGAAAUCUUAGGGAAAUUAUUUUUUGAUUUUCCAAACAGUUUUCAUUAUAUUUGGAAUUUAGAUACAAAACUUCUGUAUAUGUUUUCUAUACCCGGUAAAAUUUUCAAAAAUUUUUAGCCAUUUUUAAUCUAUUUAUAGACAUUUUAAUUUUGAGAUUUUUACAUAAUUUUUAUUCGGCAGGUACCCUGAGGUAAAAUUGUUAGACUAAACAGAAAUGCUUGAAAAUUUAAUAAGAGAUUCAUUAAAAGUCGUACUUUAUGAUAAAAAAAAAAUGAGCUGAGUAAAGUAUUUUUUUUUUUUUUUAUAAAGGUAUUUUAAUAUUGAUUUUUAACAAAAUUGUUUAAGUAAAAAUGUAUUUAGAACACAUCUAAUAUUUUUAAGUUUUGGUUUUGAAUAUUAGUGCAUUAUCGAUUUAAGAACAAUAAUGAAAUCAGAAUUGAGCGGAGGCUUAGUUUCGAAAUUAUAGCUUUUUGAAGUUCUAAUAUUGUGUGAAUAUUAUACGUGUUAUAUUAAAUAAUGCAAUAUUAUCAAUAUUAUAUUAUGUUUCUUGUAGUCUAGUAGUGGUACGUAUCUGUGGUUAUCCCAAAUAUCAAUUUCAAAACCCAAAUUCCAAAAAAAAAAUUUACCAAUACAGAGAAAAAACAUAUGCCUUUUGGAUGCACUUAGAAACUAAAGCUAUCGCUCACUCGGACUAUUUUAAUCACAAAUUACUCCUCAGUGUGUUGUACAAACUUUUCUACUAGAAAUCAUGCUCCGAUGUAUUAAGUGUACCACCUUUUUUGAAAGGAAAUUUUAUCUACAUUUUAGGGAGUUCAUUUUUUGAUUUUCCAAGUGGUUUUCAUAAUAAUUAGGAAAAACUUGAAUAAAGUGUUUGAAAAACAGGAAAAUUUACAAAAUGUAGGUACUUAUUAAAAAAAAAUAUUACAGCCUUUUUUUUCCUUUGAAUCACUCUUCUACCAGCAAUUUUGAUCCAAUUUAUAAUGAUAGCACUUUUUCUAAAAUGAAUUCUAACUAGAAUGUUACUUUAGGGAGGUCAUUUUUUUAUUUUCCCCAAGAGCUUUCCCGAUAAAUGAAAAAAAAAAUACAUAAUAAUACAUAAUACGGAAAAUAAAUACAAUAUAAACAUUAGAAUAAUUAAAGAAAAUAUAUAUAGCAUAUACCAAACUCUGCUCAGAAUUGGUUUUUAGUAGCAAUGGUUAAUUGUUGUGUAUAGAUAUAUAUAUAUUAAAUUUCCCUCUACCUUCCCAACUUCUCAUCCACAACAGUGGUCCACCCAUGUGCUUAAUAUGUCAAAGUAGUAAGUUAAACGUAAUGUAAGUUUUUUUAAUAGUCAUAUUAAUAUAAUAAUAGAUAAGAUAAUCUUUUUAUGAAUAUCACAAAUCUUACUGCAUUUAAUAACUUCAUUUAAAAUUGCUUACAGAUUAAAAUGAAAUAACUUAAUGUAUACUUUUUUAAUAUAUAUAUUUUAAUUCAAUUUAUUAGGGAUACAACAAAAACUUAAUUUAUAUUUAUAGAAAACUUAUACAAAAUUAAUAUUUUUGUACAUGGUUUAUUUUACAAUUCAGUAAUAUGCCAUUAAACAAUUCCAUCCCUUAAUUGUAUUUGUUUAAAUGAUCGAUUUAUUCUUAACAUAAGAUAAUAUUUACACAAUUUUAUUGUUUCAGAUUGUUUGCCGGUUUUCUACCAAGAGUUAUCUGUAUAAUGCUAGGUGGCGCUUUAUUUUUUGGGGCUUAUGAAAAAACGUGUAGGUAUAUUGAAGAUAAAAAGAAAAAUGUGAUUUAAAUAUAUUAACAUUCAGACAUCAUAUUAUGUUAUUAGUUAUCUAGUGUUUUAUGUUCAAAAAUGUAUUUUAUCAUGAAUUUAAGUAAAUUAAAUUAAGUAAACUUUAAAAAAAAAAAAAUAUAUUUUUAUUAAAGGAAGUAAAAACACCUUAUUAUAAAAAAUUAAAAAACUGGCAGUCUUCAAAUAAUUUAGUUUUUGCUAAGUUUUGACAUAACAUAGAAAUUGGUUUUAAUGAUAUUCAAAAUACCAAGAGCAACAAGAGCAGGAACCCGUGCCUUGACUUAAACUUAUUAGAGUUUGUGCAGAACUCAUACAAGCGGCACCACGCUACUGUCCGGACAGUUUGAGUAGGGGAAACAGUACCUCAAGCCGUUGAAUGUUGUGUCGCCGUCAGAUGCAUGCGCAAAACGACUUCUUUCAUUUGUGGACUGCAGUACAGUAAAACUAUUGGUGUUAGGUCAUUAAAUCUGGUUUGUCAUUACUAGUUUCUAUAAACAAUUUC